AUGACACAGGAUGGAUAUUGGGACUGUGGGUGGGAGGCAAUGCUGCUGAGGCACCAGGAGCUGGGGAAGAUCACCUAUGGGAUGCCUGAGAUCAACCCUGCCUCUGCAGCACCAGGAGGCUUACAGAUUUUGGUCUGGCCACAGCCGUUAUACAGUACAGGCCCAGAUCGCACAAGGGGUAAGCAAAGCGUCAAAACAGCACCUCCUGUCGGCGGCGGAGGCGUGGCGGCCAGCGGACUGGCGGACCUCGGGGCAUACCCGCCAUCCAGGUGCACAGGCUCAGGGACCCCACGGCCCCUGAGUGUCGGGACCGUGGGCUCCACUCAGGAGACCACCGAAUUCUUUGGCUUGACCAGGCGGGAGGUCUUCUUCCCAGUCCGCGGAAGCGAGGUCCGGGAGAUGGCGGGGCUCUCUGUGCCUCCGACCUACGCUCAGCUCAGGGGCCCGAUCCCUGCAAAGCGUCCACUUUGGAAAGAAGUUUCACUUACAGGGAAGGCGUGUGUACACAAUGAUGGUCCAUGUGUUCGAUAUGUGAAUGCCAACCAAGACUGCGUCCGUUGGUGGAGUGUGCGCGAUUCCUCCGUGAGGGUGCUUCUGGCAGUCACAGUUCACGAGUUAGCUAGAAGAUGGCUGCGACGCGGCGAGCCCCCGCCCCCGGGGCGCGCAUUUCGAACUCCACAGGUCUGCCCUGGAGAGCAGUCCAGACCCGGCCAAGCUCAGUGAGGAGGAAGCGCGCCUCCUGCUGGCUGCACUGGUGCAGGACUAUGUGCAGAUGAAGGCCAGUGAGCUGGAGCAGGAGCAGGAGACCGAGGGCUUCAGGUGAGGCUCCCCAAGCGUCCAACACAGGGCCUCCUCUCCCCGCAGCAUACCAAGAAGGCGGAUCCCAGGAGAUAGGAGAGAACACACUGGCCAGGAGUCCAGUAGGCUGAUUUGUUCAGGAGGACUUGGAGCCCAGCCUUUCUCAGGCUCCAGGGGAGAUAGGGGUCCCAGUGCAGCAGGAAGGACUGUGAUUAGACACAAUAAAAAGCUCCGUUUCUGAAAUCUGUUAGGAAGUGAAAUGCGAAGGUGUGGAAUCGCUCACUGUGGGAAUUGCUCUUGCAACAAUAGCUCUCAUUAGAUGGAAUAAUUGUGAAAUACAUAUACUUUGUUUAGUGCUGAUUAUGAGCUGGUUACAGUUGUAAAUAGUUGACUAAUGAUUUUGAUCCUCACAACAAUCUGUGAGGAAACUAAAACAAGUAAGGUUAAGUAAUAUGUUAAAAAGUCAUAAACUAGUAAAUUGUAAAGGUGAGCUUUAAAAUCCGGG